AUGCAGCAGACCACAGCAGCUGUGGCUGUGCCUCAGCUUAUAGGUCGACGUCAAUCCGGCAACUUGCCACCAGACAUGCCUUUGAGCGCUGAUCCUCGGCUCGGUGCUACUCACGCCUACAUUUCGCUUUCGAACGAUCCGUUUCCGUCCCAGACCUCAGACAUUGCUCAUAACUACCAUUACACCUCUAGUCGAGCCUCGUUCGACCAGCAGCUCCCUUUUGACGGUGCAAGUAGUUCCAAUGUCCCCUCGUGGUUCUACACUGGCUCACACGCGCCCGCUCACCCAACCGCAGCAGAGAACCGUCUGCCUUACCAUUUUGAUGCAUAUGCACCACACGCAUCGUCAGCAGCAUCCAGUAACAUGUCUGCUCCAUCCGAUGCGCCCUUGACCACAAACACUCAGCAUCAGGCCUCUAACUCGGUACUCCCGACCGCGCGCUUUGCUACCAAAUCAGCUGGCCUGAGCUCGACAAAUGCUGCGCCUUUCGGUGCCGAGCUUUCGGUUAAUGCUCAUUCUUCCUCGGCUUCGGGCGCAUCGCAUUCGGUUCCAUCUUCCCUAGCCAGCAGACGUAUCAGCGACGAGAGUGCGCAUCUGGCCGCCGCAGGCACUUCGAUGUCCGAAGCCAGCUCUUCGCUUGUAAAUCCGCCAGUACGCGCUACCACUCAUUCCGCUUCCGAGUCUACCGGUUUCAAUGGCUCAAUUUCGCCCUCGUCAUCCGCACGCAUGUCUGGCAGUCCUGAAAACAUGGACGUCUGUCGACCCUACCAUGUCUACGCUUCUACAUCCACCGUGCCUCCACUUAGCGGCAUGGUCAUGGGUGCACCUGUCACAGCCUCGAUGAUGGAAUCUAUCGACUCGUGGCUCGCUCCGGGACCGCCCGCAUCGCUAGGCGCAGGGCCCUCCUCUGCAAACGUUGACAGCCUUGCCACAGCCAUGGGCUCGGCAAAAGCGCGCGUGGCGGUCACGCCCAAAUUCUCUUCCGCAGACGCCUCCACAGCAGACGAUGCACCAUCCUCUUCACACAUGCUUGGCGGGUCGGUCAUUCACCCUAGUUCAUUCACCAGCAACAGCUCCUCAACAUCUGGCGCUGCGCCCUUUAAGACGAGUAUCGAGAGGCGCGAGCGUAACAAGGCAUCCCAGCGCGAGUCUCGCAAGCGCAAGCAGGACCGCCUCGAGACUCUUGAAGGCGAAAAUGCUGCGCUACGAAAGGCGUUGGCUGAUAUGAAGAGGUUCAGUCACGCCCUUUCCAACGGUGCCGGCAUUCGUGGCGAGGACGGUGGUGAAGUCGCGCCCGCCCAGCUCGCCAAAUUCACAGGAGCUUUCCAUCUGGACUUGAUCGAAUCUCACCUGGAAGACGAGUCGACAGAGGCAGAGUGGAAAGGCUUAGUUGGACGACGUUGGCCGUCUGGGACUGCACAAACGGGUGAUCGGCAAGGGGAUGUUUCCGCCCUCGCCACUUCAACAGCCAGUUCGGACGAGGACAACAUCCGUGACGAAUCUCAAGACAUGGCCAAUGACGCUGCGCAAGGCUCUGCGUCGAUGAAAGGCGAGAGCGACAAUGCGCCACAGUCCGCUUCGCAGCAGGUUAAGAAGGCCAUGUGGGAGAUCUCUCUCAACCAGAAGCGUCAGAAGGCGGCACAGAGCUUCCCCUCGAUGGUUGCUGUGCCCGAACUCGUGCUGUACAAGGUGUGCCGUCUGUACUUCAGCACACUCCUGCCGUUCACCACCAAGCUCAAGUCUGGUAUCGUCAACCUGCGCGCCGCCCGUGAAGCACCAGGCUUCUUCGGAGGCUUGGACGAUCUACCUCGCUUCCCUGGCGAUCCAUCGUUCGGCGUUUCGGAGCUAUAUCUGCCCAAGAAUCUGAUGCCCACCGAGAUGCAAUUGCGCAUUGGCUUUCACCCGGUCGAGAUUGCUGUUAUGCCAUAUCCGAAGAUGCGAGAUCGUUUGCUCACAGUUCUCAGCGCUUUCCAAGCCAUCAACGAGCUGGCGCAGGAAGAGGAGGCUGCCGCUGCUGCGCAAAUUAGCGAGGAUGUCAGCGGCUCGAACUCGCAAACUGGCAACGCAAGCAUUGACCAGCACGUCAAGCCGAGCGAUGCCAGCAAUGUGGAGCUGACGAACGAAGACAUUCGUCAGCGCACCGCGUUGGUCGCCGAUAUGUCGGCCUGGAAGCCCAGGGACGGCACCGGUGCUGUUGUGGUGCCGGACAAGAGUCGCGUCUAUUCUUAUGGGUUCCUGGAGAAGCCACGAGGCUCGUCGCGCUUGCGCAAGCCAGCUCAGCGCUGGCUCGACGAAUUUUUCUACGAGGUGGUGCAGACGCUGCGAGUGUGGUCGCCGGCAGGUGAUGUGUUUGAUGGCGAGUGCUUUGAAUUUAAAGAAAGCUUCUUUCGCAAGUAUCCUUAUAUGGUGGACAGCGACAUCCUUCGAGCCACCAACCGAUGGAGGCGUGCUCGGGGCGAAGAUCCCAUCCGCCUCUAA